AAUUCAUGCCGAAGGAGGAAGCCAAAGGAAUCCACUGGAUGACGUGGACCUGCGUUCUCGGACCGGAGGUCAACGGAAUCUGGCCUAAAUAUUCCAGCGUCAACGACAUCAAUUCUGUGGACGCAAACUACAGCAGUGCAGUGCUGGUGACGGGCGACGACUUCGGCCUCGUCAAACUCUUCCGAUUCCCUUGUCUUAAAAAAGCUGCCAAAUUCAAGAAAUACAUCGGCCACUCUGCCCAUGUGACCAAUGUGCGCUGGUCACAUGACCUGCAGUGGGUUCUGAGCACGGGCGGAGCCGAUCACUCCGUCUUCCAGUGGAGGUUUCUGCCGGAGGGAGUCAUGAAUGGAGUUCUGGAGCCGCUGCUGCAAG